GGGGAGCGGAGCAUCUUGGCUGCGGUGUUUUUGUCUCUCUGUCAGUGAGCGCUCCAGGGCCGAGACGGCUGAAAGGGUUUCCAGAGGACAGGUGCUGACUGUAAGAGUGCAAUAAAAGGAAGGGAUAGCAAGGAUCCUGGGGAGGAGAGAUCCCGUCCUCGCAGCGCAAGCAGCUGGUGAGAGUUGGUGGAUGUUUGAAUAGCAGCCACAGGCUCAUUAUGGCUCAGGUGCUGCAUAUGGACCCCGGUUUCCCAGGGAAACUCAACCCGCCCGCGCCUCCUUCCCUGCACGGCAAAGAGCAGGAGGCCUACUCAGUGGAGACCCCCUAUGGCUACCGUCUGGACCUAGACUUCCUCAAAUAUGUUAAUGACAUAGAGAAGGGAAACACUAUCAAGAAGGUACCAGUCCAGCGCCGACCACGCUAUGGCUCCCUGCCCCGUGGCUAUGGCUACACCGGCUCCUGGUGGACCUCCACAGAGUCUCUGUGCUCCAACACCAGCAUGGACAGCAGACACUCCUCCUUCUCCUACUGUGCACCGGGAUACCACACAUCCCAGAGGCCCAACUUCAGCACUGCCCGGGUGGAGAAAACCCUUUUGGAUGCACGCAGGAAGCUGGAGGAGGAGAAAGAGGGGCGGAGAUUCUCCAACCUGGGAAGCAUGCACAGCAGCGUAGUAGGCUCCAACACCUCCAUCAGCAGUGCACACAGCUACAACAGAACCCACGGUGGAGGCGGAUCCUACACCCCAAUGAGUUCUGGCCUGUCCACCCCAGUGACCCCAACACCAGCGCACCUGCAGCAUGUCAGGGAGCAGAUGGCAGCUGCUCUCAGGAAGAUCAAGGAGCUGGAGGAGCAGGUGAAGACCAUCCCAGUGCUGCAGGUUAAAAUCUCCGUGCUGCAGGAGGAGAAACGGCAGCUCAGCGUACAGCUGAAGAGCCAGAAAUUCCUGGGUCACACUCUGAGUUUCAACCGAGGCCGCCCCCGAGGAGAGCUCUACAUCGACAUCCCUGAAGAAGAUGUGAGUGCGGGGGCUAAGAGCAGCAACAAGCCAUCAGGGCCGCUGUCACCCACCACACCCGAGGGCUCCAAGCUUCAAGACUCAGGAUGUGAGAUUGAGGACACAGUGAUCGUGAGUGGAGCUCGACCGGAUGCAAAGCAGGAAGUGCGCACCAUCGCAGUGGGACCAGAGGAGUUAAGGGGCAGCCGUGAGGUGGGAGUCGGGGUUCGGGAGGAGGAUUUGGGGCUUCUGCCAGAGACUCAGGCUCUUUGGAAUCAAGUGGGUCAGCUCGAGGGCCAGCUAAAGAGGACGGUACAGGAGCUGCAGGAGGCGCAGCAGCAGGCAGCAGCGGUCCAGAAGGCCCCUCAGGCAGAGCAUCCAGUUAUGGCUACCAGCGUGGGCUGGAAGGAGCCUCAGGGCUGCAGCCUGCACACCCUGGUCAGCUUCACUCAGCUGCCCCAACAGAGGGAACAGAGAACUGUGGGAAUCCAGGUGUACACACUGGAGCAGCCCACUGUGGUGGAGGUGGGCACGCUGCUCCGAGCAGAGAUCUGCAGCUCCCCCUGCCCUCAACCAGCUGCUGGAGUCGUGGAGGGCCAACACAGAGGACAAGCUGAAGAGGCUCCAGUUGAGUUGCCGAUUGCUGUCAGCUCCAAGCAGGUGCGCGAUGUCCUGAAGAGCGAGCUCUCCACUUCGGUACCUGUAGCGAGUCCUGCCAUCACUGUCAGCACGGCCGGUGAUCAGAUUGGUUUGAUGCAUUCAAAAGAAGAAGUGACGCACCAGCAUACAGCCACAGAGGCUGCCCAGUCCCACGAGGACCCUCAGACAGCCUCAUCUCCCCAGUCUUCUCUGAGGUCUAUUAUGAAGCGGAAAGCAGAAGGUGAACCGGGAUCUCCCUCCACGAAGAAGAACCUGCAGUUCAUUGGAGUCAAUGGAGGCUACGAGUCCACGUCCUCAGACGAUAGCAGCAGCGAGAGCUCAGAUGAGGGGAGUGACUCCAGCGAAUAUCAUGAAGCACGAGAAAAACUAACAGAGUCAGCAGCCCAGCACCAGCAAAUCACCAACAGCAAGGCUUCCCUGCCUUCCGAAAGCAACCGAGUACCUCAUCAGACUGCCGUCAUACUGCCAGCCAUCAUUCCGGACUCUCAGCAGAGUCCCAAAGAGUCAUCAACAGCCGACAUAAAACUCCCAGUCAAACCCCCCCGGACACCAGCGAUAAACACUGCGCCCAACUCUACUCUAACUCCUCCAUGUCCACAGAACGAGGCUGCCUCUAAAGACACUGUCAAACAGUCAUCGGACACACUCACAGUCAUGCAGGAGGUCUCCUCCACAUCAUCAAGCACUGAAUCCACUCCUGAACAAAGCUCCACGAUGCCUGCAGUUACCUCUUCUUCAUCGCUGUGUGUCACUAAAACCACUGAGAUCACGCACCAGCAAUACACCGUCCAGUCAGAAACAACCGUCCUUUCAAGCCAAUCGGAGCCAACACCAGCUGCUGAAAGCUUCGCUAAAGACACUGCCACAACACCUGCCAAGCAAGUCAGAGUGGAUCUGAGUGACAGCCUGAUGUCAGCUCUUCAUGCCCUGCAGAAAGCCCUGGGGGAGCCCAAUGCCUUCAGCCAACAAGGAGCAAGGGCAGCCUACACCAGCGUGCUGCAGGAGUGGCUGCGCGUGUCCUGUCACAAAGCGGCGGACACGGCUGUUGUCAAAGCCUAUAUGAACACCUUCGCCUCAGUCUCCCCUCAGCUGCUGGAGUUUGUAAUCAACAUGGCAGAUGGCAACGGGAAUACAGCGCUUCACUACACCGUCUCCCACUCCAACUUCCCCGUGGUGAAGCUGCUGCUGGACACUGGCCUGUGUAAUGCUGACAAGCAGAACAAGGCGGGCUACACUGCCAUCAUGCUGACAGCCCUGGCCGCCUUCCACUCUGACAAUGACCUUCAAACCGUUCUGCAGCUGCUGCGCACAGGGGACGUCAACGCCAAGGCCAGCCAGGCCGGUCAGACGGCCCUGAUGCUUGCAGUCAGCCACGGUCGAGGGGACAUGGUGAGGGCGCUGCUGUCCUGCGGGGCUCAGGUUAACAUCCGUGAUGACGACGGCUCCACAGCGCUCAUGUGUGCCUGCGAACACGGUCACGUUGACAUUGUGCGUCAGCUACUGUCUAUUCAAGGCUGUGAUGCCACUCUCACUGACAAUGAUGGCAGCAGUGCUCUGUCCAUCGCCCUGGAGGCCAGUCAGAAUGACAUUGCUGUGCUCCUGUAUGCUCACCUCAACUUUGCAAAGCCUCCUUCCCCUGUUUCACCAAAGUCUCCUCUCUUGGGUUCCUCUCCUCCUGCCAGUGAAACAAAAUAAACCCUGCUCCAGCCAAUCCACAGUAACUACUCAUAUUACAGCGUGAUUUAUUUUCCUCAUCUGUGUUAUUCAGAGCAAUUAGUUUGUGUUUAUGUUCACCCUCCAUAAUUGAAAUACUACAUAAUGCAGAUAAUUACAUGACAGCUUGCACCAUUGUUAUCCAUUUCUUUUCAUACACUGAGGUAUUUUUUAAUCGGAGUGGUGCUUUAAAACAAGUACAAUCUAAAACGGAACAUCCAGCAGCUUCAUAGACACUGUCAGCACUGUUUUAGUCAAAGAUAUUCACUAAAUUGCAUCAUAUAUAAUUAUCCACUUGUUGUUUUAAUCCAUAUGAAUCUCAUAUUAGUUGCUUUUAUAGAGUGAUGUGAUUUCAUUGUUAUGUGUACAAUAGCUCUUACACAGUAGCAUCAUUAUGUGUGUGGCCAUCGAUCAUUUGGAAUAACAAAAGCCACCCCUCUCACAGAUAAGUGUCCUUGUGUAUAGUAGCUCGUUGGUGCUACAAAAAUCUAUUACCGAGACAACCGCAACAGCAGACCAAUAUUUAUACACAUUUGUUCACUCCAGAGUAUUUUUGAUAUUGAUUUUUUUUUAAACGUUGACAGAAUCCAGCACCUUUUUAAGGAUCACAAUUUUCAUUUCUACAGCAAUGGUUUACUUAAACGUUUUCAAACAAGACAAACAAAAUAUGAUGUGUCGACCACUUGUCCCAGAUUAAACCCAAAGAUGUAUCUGUGACUUUGUUGUGGUGAUGAAAUGAACACAGUGUGAAGGAAGGAAGAGGUAAAUAUUAUUCUCUAAAGGCGGUACUUUGGUCUUUGUGUUUUUUUAAGUGAAGGUGUUUUGGAUGGUAGUAAGGAAGGGUUAGAGUGUAACUGUGUGAUAUUCUGUGCUCAUAAGAGUAAACACGACUAUAUUGAGAAAGGACCGAAAGCAUUGGUGUGGUCACCUCCGCUCUGCUGGUAAGGUUCUUCAGGGAAACAGAAAGUGACUGAUUGGGGUCUUUAAAGGAAGUGCCGUGUAAGAUGUGAAUAUCAAAAUAAUAUAUGUCGAUAUAUCGUGGUAGUUGUUAUGCCUACAAUCAAAUUCCUUGCGUUAAAGUGCAUAGGCUAUUGAUGUCCAAAUUUCUAUUACUUUUUAAAUACUUUUUUCACAAUUUUCACAAUUCACUUUCAAGGGAUUGAAUUUUUAUAAACUUUCAAUUUCUUUUUUAUUUAAGUGUCUAUCUUUUUUAUACAUUUAGAAUUUUUAAGCUCACUUCUUUUUUAUGUAAUAGCACAGCUCUUUAGUUUAUGUUUUUAUGAAGGUUUAUGUACAAUUUUAGACUGUUCCACUUUAAUUUGUGGUUUUUGGAAAAACAAUGAAUUAAUAAACGAGGAACACACUGUUUCUGUUGCAUUUAUUCAGUCUAACUUGUUUGCAUGUAUGCUGCCAUUAGUUAUGUUGUAUAAGGUAAAAACUGUUUGCAUUAACCAAUGUGCUCAGGAGAGUACGUUUUAUUAAAGUCACAUGGGUCACUCUU